AUGGCAAAUAUCGUGACGAGCCGCGAAAUUACCACCUUGUUGCUUGGAAAUAAUCCACGCAGGCUUCAAAUCGACUGUGACGAUGGUGUCGAUGUUGAUGCCGCAGCUUGGAUCGCAGGAAAAAUGAUACUCAUUAGCAUCGUGCAUCUUGAACUUGAAGAUGCUCUUUCGUCCAUAAGCAUCAAGCUUCCUAGAGCAGUCGCAGCCGAUACUUCAAAACUGGUAUGGCCACAGUAUAACCCGGACUUGAACAUGCAGGACAGCGGCAUGGAAAAAUUCCUGUUCAGAUUUCAAAGUCUGGAUGACGCGCAGUUACGGGAUGGACAGCGCAGCUGUUGUGGAGGAUAA